GAAGCCUGAACUCAAACACAACAGGACCAAAACAACAACUGAUCAAUUGUCAUACUGGAGUAACCUGCUUGAUCUUUCUAGGAUCUGUUCUGGGGUGAAAGCUGUCAUUUCACCCAACUGAAUCUGGUUUUCAGAAUACAAAGGUUACAUCACAUCCUUCCAGUUUAUGAACCAGGAGAUUGGUGAAUAUCUAGGACAAGAGCCUCUUACCUAAAGUCGGGCACAGUGAGCACGGUGUGUUCUACCCACUCACUAUACAUUUUCAACCUCACAGCUUCUGACCUAGUGGGGGAAUCCACAUCCCUAUAUGAAAAUGAAUAACAUGUGCUUGGACAUCAAUCCUCAACUGGAGAAGUAUUACCUUCCAACCAUGUAUGGAAUAGAGUUCAUCGUAGGACUCAUUGGCAACCUCUCCGUGAUAUGGGGCUAUAUAUUCUGUCUGAAGGAAUGGAAUUGCAGCAACAUCUACCUUUUCAAUCUUUCCAUCACAGACUUGAUUUUCAUUUUCACCCUUCCCGUGCUAGUGGCUAAUUAUGGCCAAGGCAACGAGUGGAAUUAUGGUCUUAUAACGUGUGUAUUAAAUAGAUUCAUCCUUCAUGCUAACAUGUACAUGAGCAUCCUGUCCCUCAGUUGCGUCAGUUUUGAUCGGUACCUGCUGGUGAUGAGGCCACUGAAGCCUCACUUUUUUCAGAAAAAGUGGAACGCCAUCAUCAUCUGCCUUGGUAUUUGGAUAUUUGUAGCAUUAGAGUUAGUGCCUAUAUUCAUUUUUAUCAGGGACGAUACUAUCAAUGGCACCAAAGAUGAUGAGUGUUUAGAUUAUGCCAGCUCAGGAGAUGCCUCCCGCAAUCUGAUUUACAGCCUGUACCUCACAGUUUUUGGUUUUCUCGCACCGCUCAGUGUCAUGCUUUUCUUUUACAUCCAAACUGCGCGCGGCCUUAAGAAAAUACAGCAACAACGCACCAAGAUUCAUGUGGAAAAGCCCCUUACAUUGGUCAUUUUGGCCAUUGUUAUUUUCUUGGUAUUCUUCACCCCUUAUCACAUAAUGCGCAAUGUUCGCAUUGCUUCCAGAAUAGAGAACAACGGCAUGUCGGAAUGUGGCAAAUUGGUUGUAAAGGCUGUUUACGCCAUCACUAGGCCCAUAGCUUUCCUCAACUCAAUCACAAACCCCAUUUUCUACUUCAUGUUGGGGGACAAGUUCAGGGAGCUAUUUUUCAACAAACUGAAAAGCAUCUUCUUCAGAAAGGAGACGGUGCAGGAGUGACAGGCAGAGAAAUGUUAAUAAAUGUAGUAUUAAAUUG